CGUAUGACAGUGUUUUGAGGGGGACUGUUUGGAGGGGAAGAGCAGAUUAUUUAACAUUCUGAGGAGUAAGGAGGAAGAAGGAGAUGGAAUUUGGUCUGCUUUUAAUCGGAAUGUGAAGGGUGUAGAGCUCUGGGAUGUGGAUGGCGGUGGAUUAACAGCGACAUCGUACGCACUCGCUUUACCUGAUUCUCAAAAACAAACCUGAGAGAACAAGGACACAGCUCCCUUAACAGGCAAUUUUCACUCGCUUUUCAAACGGGAGAUCAUCGUCCCUUUGGACACUGUGCUCGAAUGAGCUUAAUUUUUUGCACCCUCUCCAGAUUGGUUGGCGGGGGGGCGUUUUUUUGGAUGGAAUGAUUUUGUAAAAUUGUUUCCAUUUAAAGACUGAUAUUUUUUCUCUCUCUCUGUUAAACCAGUCUCCCUUCAGUUGGCGAACUCCAACCCUGGAUUUUGCUCUCCUUUUCAAAAAGCUUUUUGCAUUUCUUUAAAAAAAAAUUGACGUUAGAUUAUCCAAAUAUUAUAAUAAUGGUACAUGUAAUGAUGUAUCAUUUGCGGGGGUAGAGACUUGCAUCCGGAGUGGAACAUGUGAAGAAGAUAGGCUGGGAUAAGAGCUUGUGAAAGCCACAGAGCAAACCCUGCCUUGGCUGACCCACACGCUGUUUGGGGAGACGGAGGGCUUCCACUAAGCACAUUGGAGAGACUAUGUUUGGAGAUGAUGAGGUGGAGUUCCCAGAGCACCGCGCAGGAGAUUGGCGAGGAAACCGAAGACGGUGCCAUCUACACAAUAACACUCAGGAGGGUUCAGGUGCACCAGGCAGCAAGCAAAGGCCAGCGAUGGCUGGGGGUAGACAGCGAACCUGCCAUGAACCUGUACGAAACAUGCAAAGUGCGGACCAUCAAGGCCGGGACGCUGGAGAAACUGGUGGAAUACCUGGUCUCUGCCUUCAAAGGCAAUGACUCCACCUACGUCACCAUCUUCCUGUGCACCUACCGCGCCUUCGCCUCAACCAAACAAGUGUUAGACCUGCUGCUGAACAGAUAUGGAAACUUGCACCAAAUGAAUGGAGACGUAUCCAAGCUUACACCGGAUGACCGGCUGGAACUGAAAAAAACCAUUUCAUCGAUCCUGGGAGCCUGGCUCGAUCAGUAUUCUGAAGAUUUCCGGAAACCACCGGAUUACUCCUGCCUGAAGCAUCUCUACGCCUACAUCCGUCAGAUGUUCCCUGGAUCAGACCUGCAGCGUCGCGCUCAAGUCCUCCUUGGCACCUUCCAAAGGCACAAGGAAGCAGAGCCUGAUCAGGACGCACCUGAUCACAGUAGCUGCACCGACACACUGGUGGAGGAGAAUGGGUUUGAAGAUGAAAAGCCUGAUUUCCUCUCGUUCAUUGCAAGUGUGGUGGCCGAGCAGUUUACAUUAAUGGAUGCGGAAUUGUUCAAGAAAGUUGUUCCAUAUCACUGCCUGGGAAGCAUUUGGUCCCAGAGAGACAAGAAGGGGAAGGAGCAUCUGGCGCCCACCAUCCGCGCGACAGUCGCGCAGUUUAACAGAGUCACAAACUGUGUCAUUGCAACAUGCCUGUGCGACAAGACCCUGAAACCCCAGCAGAGAGCUAAGAUCAUCGAGAGGUGGAUUGAGGUGGCCAGGGAAUGCAGAAUCUUCAAAAAUUUCUCCUCGUUACGGGCCAUUCUCUCUGCGUUACAGUGCAACUCAGUUCACAGGCUGAAGAAGAGUUGGGAUGAAGUGUCAAGAGAGAACAUCCGAAUAUUCCAGGAGCUGUCAGAAAUCUUCUCCGAUGACAACAACCACUCCUUGAGCCGUGAGCUCCUCAUCAAGGAGGGAACUUCGAAGUUUGCCACGCUUGAUAUCAACCCCAAAAGGGCUCAGAAACGACAACAGCAGCAAAAGGAAAUGGGUGUAAUGCAGGGUACGAUCCCAUACCUGGGAACCUUCCUCACUGACCUGGUCAUGUUGGACACUGCAGUGAAAGAUCAUUUGGAUGGAGGCUUGAUCAACUUUGAGAAAAGGAGGAAGGAGUUUGAAGUGAUCGCCCAGAUUAAGUUGUUGCAGUUGGCCUGUAAUAAUUACUCCUUUACCCCAGACCAUCGGUUUGUGGAGUGGUUUCGAAGUAUCGAGCAGCUGACUGAGGCUGAAAGUUACAACCUCUCGUGUGAAAUUGAGCCUCUGGCAGAGUCAGCGAGCAACACUUUGAAAGCAAAAAAGAACUCUGGCAUCAUCAAACGGUGGACUGACAGGCAGACACCGACUGCUGACACUCCGAGCACGGGCGCCCAGUCUCGAUCCUGCGAGCAGCUCAAGUAUGGACCGUACCUGAGCGGUGGAGACGCGGCAGACUCGGUUAGCGUCACCUCUGCUGGCUCGAGCAACUCUGACGCGGAAGAGAUCAACGUCAGCUUCAUCUCGGAAUCGCCGGAUUCCCAGGAGAAAAAGUUCUGGGAAUCAACGUCGCUGUCCUCAUUGGACACAUCUGGAAUCGGCUCAGGGUCAAGCAGUGCAUCCUCCUCCUCAGUCUCCUCCACACCUAUAACGUCCACCAGAACACACAAACGCUCUGUCUCGGGAAUAUCCAGCUACUCCACACUAUCUCUGCCACUUUAUAACCAGCAGGUGGACGACUGCUGUAUCAUCCGGGUCAGCCUGGACGUUGACAAUGGGAACAUGUACAAGAGCAUUUUGGUGACGAGCCAGGAUAAAACACCAGUUGUCAUUCGAAAGGCUAUGGCCAAGCACAAUUUGGAUGGGGAUAGGCCUGAGGAGUACGAGCUGGUGCAGGUCAUCGCUGAGGACAGAGAAUUGAAAAUCCCUGACAAUGCGAAUGUAUUUUAUGCUAUGAAUUCGUCUGUCAACUAUGACUUUAUGCUGAAGAAAAGGGGCCACCCAAAAGCAGGUAAAACAAAACAUGUUUCCAGUUCGACUCUCCCCAGAAUGAAGCAAAAGGGACUGAAGAUUACAAAAAGUAUCUUCUGACUCCUCUGAGCUGGGCUGACUCCCUGCGUUUGCUGGAUUUGCUGAAACUUUAUAUGUAAGAAAAAGAAUCAGUGUUACAAUUAAAUGUGCAAUAUUGUCUCUGACCGUGACUACUGGAAAUGUCAAAGUCUAGGCACUUAUUCAGUUUUAUUGAAGAUAUGGAAAGGCACUACACUAAAAUGGACUGGGUUUGACUGGGAUCUCUUUGUAAUGAGUGGUUCCAUCAUUUGCUAGAAAGGAUGAGAGAAUGGUCACACAUCCAGUUAAGUCACUUUGAACAGACUGGUCACCAUGGACUGGUGAUGUGAGUGUGAGAGGAUUAUAUGCCUGAUGGAGGGAUAAGUUCCAGGAACACUGGCUCUCCGAUGAAGACAGGAACCAUUACGCCUCAACGCCUGUAAAGUACAUUGGUUUGUCCAGAGGUUAUUGAAGUGGAUAUAGAAUGCUGAACCUGUCAUUGUAACAUAGAAACUUUUGUUAUGCCCCAACUCCUAGCUCUGGAGGUGACUCAUCUAUUACCUGGUCUUGUACAGUAACUUGCCCUGAAACUCUGAGGAGAGAGAAGACAAUGACUUCAACCAGGUGUGAGAAUCCUUACAACCAUGUCUCUGAGUCCUGCUAUGAAGAGCCCUCCACCUUUAAAAGUUAUCUGAUUUCAACGGGACCCCACCUUCACUCACAUUGAAGAGAACACACAGCUAGCAGUCGAUUUGUCAUUGUUGAAAUGAGAACUUUAACCUGGGAUGCAAGUCUAAUGUUCUCUUGGCCUGAUGUUGCCAAUCAGACCAUAGACUGGAAGACAUCUGCAAUAAGAUUGUCAAAUGAAAGAGGUCAAACUGGCCAACGAAUGAUGGCCAACCCUCAAAUGAUUCAUUUACUACAUUUUUAACAGAGGGUCAGUUCUUGUUGAGUAGCUCAGGAGCCUGGAUGGGGGUCAGAAUUGACAAAAUUGUACAGUUAAAAUCCGAGCUGAUAUGGAAAACCUUAGUUCUUUUUCUUAAAUUACAAAGAAAUAGGAUUCCAUUUCAAUGAACUGUGCUGACUUUUUAAAAAAAAAGGUUUGUUUUGUAAAAACGAUUGAAUCUUUUUUGGGACAAUAUUUAUUCAUUGUACAGACAUUAAAUUCUUGAGUGGAAUUGUAAAUUUCUUACUGUUGAAUAUUAUUUAAUAUAUUAACUUGUUACCGAUACUUGUAAUUAUCUUGCUGUUCGCUCAUUGGGUCUUGUCCGGUGAAAAUGUGAUGUCUUUGUUACUUUUCAUUUGUAUCCUGUAAAAAGAGGGAUGAUCGUGAACACAACUUCGAACAAGCCAUUUACCUUUAGUGCUUUUAUCUGUGCUUCUAGUGAAUGUAUCUAGCCAGCUUCUAGUUACAUGACCCUGGGUUUUGUCAACAUGUUCUUCUGUAAGGCUGAGAUAACGUACAUGGACUUCCCAAAAGUGUUUGAUUUAAAGUGUCAGACAAUGGAACUGGGAGCAGAAACAGAGCACAUGGAAUCCGAGAUAACAAAGUGUGGAGCUGGAUGAA